AUGGGUGCCGUGACACGUAUUUUGAGAUACCUCAAAGGUACUCCUGGCAAGGGGUUAAUGUUUUUCAAGUAUGGUCAUACAGAUGUGGAAGGAGUGUCAAAAAUUCUCUCAGGAUUGACAGAAAGUAAUUUGAUUGGAAGUGGCGGCUCAGGAAAAGUUUAUUGUGUUCCUGUCAAUCGUACAGGCGAUGUGGUUGCCGUGAAAAAGAUUUGGAAAGAUUUUGGUCUAGCCAAUAUGUUGGUCAAGAAAGGAGAACUUGCUACAAUGUCGGCUGUUGCUGGCUCCUUUGGCUACAUUGCUCCAGAAUGUUCUCAUACAAUACAAGUGAAUAAGAAGAUUGAUGUAUAUAAUUUUGGGGUCGUCCUUCUUGAGUUGACUACCGGAAGGGAAGCUAAUGAUGGCGACGAACACACUGCUCUUGCCGAAUGGGCAUGGCGCCAUGUUCAAGGAGACAACCCUCUUGCCGAUGCUUUGGACAAGGACAUCAAAGAACCUUGGCACUUGGAUGAAAUGUGCUCCGUUUUCAGACUUGGCAUCUAUUGCACCGAGAAACUUCCUUAUGCUAGGCCUUCCAUGAAGGAGGUUCUGCAAAUCUUGCUCCGAUGCGGCCAUUCAGGAGUUCACAGAGAAAAGACUAAUUAUGUUGGUGCUCCUCUGCUCAAGAAUUUGAAGCGCGAGCAGAUACUGGAAGACGGUGAUGGUAGUUUGGCAACAAAUGUUUGA